GCAGUGAAUUUGCCGCAUUCAUGGGCGGGAAUGACGCGCCACCACCAUUUGAAGACGACAAUGAAAACCUCAUGAUUGAUGAAACACAAGCAUCUUUGCUUAUAUAUGGUCCUUACCAUCACGUUCACAAUACCCCCCAUAUUGGUCCUACUUCUACUUCUACUCGGCUACUCCUACUACAACUCUUCCCAAACCCAAUUUUCAACACACAAAUAUUGGUAGCAACCAAUCAAAUAUUCUAUGUCCUUUUUUGCUUCGCCAAUCCCCAAAUAUUUCCCUGACAUGCUUCGCAUAUUUACAGGUGAAGUCCCAGAAGGGGGAUUGUGAGAUGCCUAGUUGUUGAAUUUCGAGAUGGAUAGGCGGAGUCAGCUGUGGCAAAGGAAAUCAUCAGAGAAGAGUUCUGGUGAGACUGAGAGUUCGGGAUCAAUAUCUUCUCAUUCUGAGAGAUUUUCUGAUGAUCAGGCAUUCUCAACUCAUAGCAUCCAGUCGCCAGAAGUCACUUCUAAAGCUCUACACAGUAAUGAAGAACUUAAUGACAGUUUCGAGACUUUGAGGGAGAAAUUAUCAGCUACUCUUCUUAGCAGUAAUGCCAAAGAUGAAUUGGUAAAGCAGCAUGCUAAAGUUGCAGAAGAAGCUGUCUCAGGCUGGGAGAAGGCUGAAAAUGAAGUGUUGGGCUUAAAACAUCAACUUGAGGCUGCAAAUCAGAAAAACUCAGCUCUUAAAGACCGAGUUGGUCAUCUUGAUGGAGCACUGAAAGAAUGCGUGAGGCAGCUUCGACAGGCAAGAGAAGAGCAUGACCGGAAUACUAAUGAGGUUAUUGCCAAGAGAACUCGUGAAUGGGAUAGUUCAAAGUCCAUACUUGAGAGUCAGGUUGCUGAUCUACAAGCACAACUUCAAGCUGCUAAAACUGAAGCUGCUGCCUCUAUUGAUUUGGAUCUCCAGUUAAAGCUUGAUGCUACUGUAAAGGAGAACUAUGCUCUUAAGCGUAGUCUUCGUUCUCAAAUCAAGGAGCUUGAAAUCACAACUAUAGAGAGGGAUUUGAGCACCCAAGCUGCUGAAGUAGCGAGUAAGCAACAUUUAGAGAGCAUAAAAAAGGUUUCCAAGCUCGAAGCUGAGUGCCGUAGGCUAAACGCCUUGGCUCGUAAAGCAUUAUCAAAUAACGGUCACAAAUCCUUUUCUAUGUCCUCAGUUUAUGCAGAAUCUAUUACAGAUAGCCAAUCAAAUAAUGGGGAGAUGGUACUGGCAAUUGAAUUGGAUACACACAAAGUGAGCAACUUGGAGCCAAGUGAAUGUGAUUCAAGCCAGUCAGAUUCACGGUCAUCUGCUCAUAUAAAAAAUCCUGAUAAAUUUAAGAACAAAAAGAGUGUUGAAAAGGAUCUGAUGGUAGAAAUCAAUCUCAUGGAUGAUUUUCUUGAAAUGGAAAAGUUUGCUGCAUCACCAGUUGCACAAAAUGAGAACUCUUACCUUAAGGCAGGACGCGGAUCAAAUCAGCAUACUGCUGAAAAAAAACUUCUAGAAGCUGAACUUGAAACCAUGAUUCGAAGGAUCGCAGAAUUGGAGGCAAAGUUAGAGAAGAUGGUGACAGAAAAACUGGAUCUUGAGAAGACUCUUACUGAAUGCCAAAAAGAGAUUCAGACACUAAAAGGUCAGCUACUGGAGGCUGAUUUGAAGUUGGAAGACCUUCAGACACAGUUGGAUAAUGCAAAUGGCUUGAAGUGUGCUGCAGAUGAAGAAGUAAAGGUCUGUCAAACUAUGAGAGAAGUGGCUGAGGCACAACUAAGAUCUGUUCAAAGUGAACUUAACUGCUUGAUUUUAAAAGUUGGUGCACUAGAAGAAGAUGUUUCAAAGGAGCAAGCUUUAUCAGCUGAAAAUGUGGCCAAAUGCCAGAAAGUUGAGAAUGAGCUACUGAUAAUGAAACAUGAAGCUGAGCUCCAGCGUGUGGCUAGUACUAGUGGUGAUUUGAAGAUGCAGCAGGAGAAAGAGCUGGCAUUGGCUGCAAGUAAAUUUGCAGAGUGCCAGAAAACAAUUGCAUCUCUUGGACAACAGUUGAAAUCACUUGCAACAUUGGAGGACUUCCUGAUGGACUCAGAUAGGCCAUCGGACGUCAUUGAUGAAGCUAUGCAUUUGUGUCCUGAAAUAAUCCAAGGAUGGUAAAAGUCUCAAAAGCAGCAGCGGGCUGGUCAGAUGCUUCAACAAUUGUUUGUGACAGAUCGGCAUUCUUUAUCACUAGCCCCUCACCAUUACCUUCGAAGUUAAAAAAUUGGAAACCACUCGGGCAGAGGUAAGAAUGCAACUGAAGAAAUUUAUAAUAAAAAAGAAAUAAGGUUGUUAUUGCAGACUGAACCGGUCUGGUUUGUGCUGAUAUCUUCGCCUGUUGAUUCAAUACCCAUGAUUCCCAUGAAUCCACAGAUUGUAUUUGCAUACAAGGUACUUCUUGGGGACCAGCAAUUUUAUUUUUACCUUUCCAUUUAAGGGUAGGAGUAAUGUAAAUAGGGAGAGCAUUAAAGAGGUAUAGAUGGUAUAGUGUAGUCAUACAUAACAUUUAAGAAAUGUGGUUUACAGAGUCCCACAAUUCAGGUAAUUGAACCUAAUAUUGCUUUUGAAUGAACCAGAAUGAAAAAGACCUUUUGAUGUGUC